GCCACAGAAGCACCGACAUGCCGAUAAGGCCAACUCUCCCAGGCGCCAGGCCUAGCUCCGCACUGCGAUGGCCUCCAAGUUUUCUGGCCGGGUUCUACCUUUCGCAACGCAGGAACGGGUCCCCAAGUCCUCGGUCCUGAUCUCGGUCCUGCUGGUGUCAUGCUCAAUGAUCACCUCAACGACGUUUGGAUACGACGGCUCUAUGAUAAAUGGGUUGAAUAUCCUUCCGUCAUACGCGAACUACUUUGAGCUUAACACGGUCACCACAUCGCUCAACACCGCGUCUGUUUGGAUUGGAGGCAUUCUCGCUGGAAUUUCGUAUGGCAAGGUCACAGACAUCAUCGGUCGCCGGCCUGCGCUCUUCUGGGCGGCUGUUAUUACUAUCAUCGCUGUGAUCCUCCAGACCGCAGCGCAAAACAUCGCGAUGUUCGUGGUCGCGCGCAUCAUCAUCGGGUUUGGAACUUCAGCAUCGGCGCUCACUGGGCCGGCAUAUCUUGCAGAGACGCUUCCCUCCAAGUGGCGGGGCUGGGGGCUGGGGGUCUUCAACGACUUCUACUACGUCGGUGGACUGAUCGCAGCGGGCGUGACGUAUGGCACCUCGUUCAUGCCUUCCACCUGGGCCUGGCGCAUUCCGUCUGCAGUGCAGGGUGUUUUCAGCAUCCUUUGCAUCGUGAUCCUUCCCUUCAUACCGGAAUCGCCGCGGUGGUUGGCGUAUCAGGGACGGACCGAGGAGGCUCUCGUCGUCGUCGCACUUACUCACGCGAACGGCGAUGUCAACGACGAGGCCGUCCAAAUGCACUACAAGGAAAUUGUCGACGCUAUCGAGACCGAGAAACACGCACCGGACCCGCUGUCGAUGAAGCAGAUGUUCCAGACGCCCUCGGCACGGAAACGAAUUAUACUGGGGUCUUCUGUUGCUGUCUUUAGCACGGUCGCUGGAAAUGUGAUCGUUUCGUACUAUCUUGGACAGAUGCUCGACAAUGCCGGGAUCACCAGCAGCACCACCCAGUUACAGAUCAACAUCAUCUUGAAUGCAUUCUGUCUGGUCUGCUCCCUGGCAGGAACGUACUUCGUUGACCGCAUCGGCCGUAAAAGCACAGCAGUGAUCAGCAUCAGCUCUUUGACGAUUUUCCUCUUCCUAGUCGGGGCGUUGACGAAGACCUUUGGAACAUCGACGAACAACGCCGGAAUCUAUGCGACUGUGGCGAUGAUAUUCCUGUUCCAAGGGGCGUACAGCUUCGGAUGGACGCCUUUGCUGUACGUCUAUCCGCCGGAAGUCUUGAAUUACGCAGUCCGAGCCAAUGGGAUGGGUGUCUUCCAAAUCGUCUUGAAUGGCACAGCGCUGAUGGCGGUGUUCGCUUUCCCCAUUGCUGUGGCCAACAUCGGAUGGAAGACUUAUGUAAUCAACGCAGCUUGGAAUGCGCUCGAGGUUCCAUUUGUUCUGUGGUACUGGGUGGAAACAGCCGGAAAGAGCCUGGAGGAGAUUGACGAGUUGAUUGAUGGAAAACAGGUCUUUGGUGUUCCGGAUCUCGAGGCCGAGCCUGAGGACACCGUUGCCGACGAGAAGUAGCAUUUACUUAUGAUGUAAUCUGUCGCCUGGCAACGUGUCAAAUCUAUGGGGCCCUCUUGGCGACGGAAAGCGAAUCAGAUGACACGAUCAGUUCUAUAAAGGUCCUGACUUCAUUUUUAGUAUCCGUUCCCUUCUCCCACUCUUUUCCCACUUUUACUUUCACGCCAGGAGCAGCGCUCUUCAUCUACUACCUUCACGCACGUCGUUCAUAAAUUCACAAUGCACUUCCUCGCUCUCGCUACCGCCGCUGCGUCCCUGGCUUCCGCCGUCUCUGCCGCUACCAUCACGGUCGCCGUUGGCCAGAACGGUCUGACAUACACCCCCUCCAACGUGACUGCAGCAGUGGGCGACGUUGUGGCUUUCAACUUCUUCCCGAAAAACCACACCGUUACUCAAUCAUCCUUCGCCAGCCCCUGCGCUCCCUUGGCCAGCGGUAUCAGCUCCGGGUUCCAGCCCGUGGCAUCAGGUGCUGCCACCAUCCCCCAAUGGAGCUUUACCGUGAAUGACGCGAGCAAGCCCCUGUGGUUCUACUGUGCUCAGGUCGGACACUGCGCCGGAGGCAUGGUCUUCUCCGUGAACGCACCCGCGACAGGCAACACGUUCGACGCCUUCCAGGCUGCCGCCAAGGGUGGUGCUGCCACCACUUCUUCCGGCUCCUCCAGCGCCGCUGCCCCUGCUGGAUCCGCCUCAGCCGCAGCUGGUGGUGCGGUCGCCUCAGCUGGCGGUGCAGUCGCCUCAGCUGCGGCUGGUGCGGCCGCCUCUGUCUCUGCCUCCGCUGGCGCCCCGGCAGCGUCCACGGCGGGUGCGAUGAUGACCCGUGCGGGUGGCAUGAGUCUCAUUGCUGCCGGUGUUGUCGCUGGUCUGCUGCUGUAAGCGGGGACACGGUGGCUCCUGAGUGCGCAUUGUGUUUUUGGGAAUCUCUACUCAGAGUUGGGACACUAUCGUACCGUAGUGUGGCUAGUCCAUGUUACAUUGUACAUAUCUACGUGCUACAGUCGCGUAGCGGGAAUACAAAUAAACUCGAUAAAACUGAGUCAAUUGACACAAUCACG